CGCUUUCGACACAGAGGUGGGAGGUGGGAGGUCGGAGGUUAGAGGUGUGGAGGGUUACCUGCUUGUCGGGAUGGUGACGAGUGAGGGGUCUGUGCCUGGAGCCAGGGCUCCGGGCGCAUCGAGGCCCGCGCAGUAAUGAAAGCGAGAGCGCGGGCCGAGGUGGGCCGCUCGGGCUUUCGUGCGGGCGCGGCUUGAAUGUGUUAGACGUUCCGGACGAGCUGGUGCAGAAUUGACAGCGAAUCGGAAGAUGUGAAAAUGGAAGGGAUCCUGUAUAAGUGGACCAAUUACCUGACGGGUUGGCAACCUCGUUGGUUCGUCCUGGAUAAUGGCAUACUUUCCUAUUAUGAUUCUCAGGAUGAUGUUAACAAAGGCAGCAAAGGAAGUAUCAAAAUGGCUGUAUGUGAAAUUAAAGUUCAUUCAACAGACAGCACACGAAUGGAAUUAAUUAUUCCUGGAGAGCAGCAUUUCUAUGUGAAAUCAGUCAAUGCUGCUGAAAGACAGAGAUGGUUGGUGGCACUAGGAAGUUCAAAAGCUUGUCUCACAGAUACCAGGACUAAAAAGGAAAAAGAAAUCAGUGAAACCAAUGAGUCUCUCAAAACAAAGAUGUCAGAACUUCGGUUGUACUGUGACUUGUUGAUGCAGCAAGUUCACACAAUACAAGAGUCAGUCAAACAAGACCAGCCGAGUUUGUCUCCUCCUGAGACUAUGAAUGAAGCUUCAUCCUUGCUCAGUGCCACUUGCAAUACAUUCAUUUCAACUCUUGAUGAAUGUAUGAAGAUAGCUAAUGCCAAGUUUAAACCAGAAAUGUUCCAGUUUUCUCUCGCUGAUCCACUUGUCUCUCCUGUAUCACCCUCACCUGUUCAGAUGGUUCGGAUAAAACGAUCCAUUAGUCAUCCAGGUACCAUUCUUUAUGAAGGCAGGAAACUGAACACAAUUUACCAAAAAGAAGCAGUUAUUGUGACACCACAUGAGGAAGUACCCAGGACAAUGUCGGAAUAUUCAGGUGUUGAAUCAUACAAUGAUAACGCUCUGGACUAUGCAGAAAAGACUGCUCAGAUUUCUUGCAAUUCCCUACCUACUGCAAAUGGUGAAUUCCCAUCCGUGGUCAUUCCAGAAGAAAAUGUUGGGAACUCGAGGAAUACAUUAUCUGAGACACAGAGUCCUUUUGUUGCACUUUCAAGUUGAAAACAUGUGAAUUAAAAUGGAUUGAAAAGAUGGUCACUCCGCUAAUAUUGCUGUGCAGUUACUGCUGGCAUUUAUAUAUUCCAGUAAGGUGAAGUGGUUCUAAAAUUUCCCAGACUUUCUCUGCACUUUAUAAUGCGUAAAAUCAGAAACUUGACAAGCUUCCCUAACAUUAUUUUUAUUAUAUAUUUUCAGCAAAUUACAACUAUUUUCUACACUAUAUUGUGUAAUGAAUUGUUUAGUGAUGGUUUGGUCUGGAAUGUCUCCAUACAGAGCAUGGUGUAAUUAGCAACAGUGUCACUUGAUUGGAAAAAUAAGGAUGUAGCAUGGGGCUGAACACAGCAGUGCUUUUGUGACUGUUGCCAAGACAGGUUUGAUGCCAGGAGUUAAAUCCCUGGGGCUGUUCAUGUCCAUUCUUUGCACCUGUUUAUCCAGAGGGAGUGUGCCUCCUGGAAGAAUUGCUGUUAAAUGUUGAUUUUUGUUUAGACCCUUUAUUUAAUUUUGUUGUUUUGUACAUUUUGAAUAGAAUCUUUGUUACAUACAUCAGUGCUGUACACUGUCUUAGGAUGAGGUUUGGAUUGUGCUUCAUCUUUUCUAGUAGCAGCCAAUUAGUACUGGUUAUACCAGAACUUGAAUUCUUGUAGAAACAGUUUCUGGAACAUAAAGUUAUAACUAAUGUGUUCUGCACUAUUAUAAAAUCUUUUGUAAAAGAGACACAAGUAAAUUCUUCCCAAUUCAAAGCGUAUGCAAUUUAGCGGAGACGAUGAACAUAGUGUAUUUUAUAUUCACUAAAAAUAGAUAAAUGAAAGACAGUGGAGACCCAGAGGCAAAAUGUAACUAGUAACAGCAUAGAUGUAAUCUUUAUCUUCGAGUGAGGUAAAUGGUAGAACUUCUAUUUGAAAUUGAUGUAACUAUGAUAGCUUAUUUAUGAGCAGGACGGUGAAGUGUUACUGAUUGCUGGUCAAAAGGAGUUAUCAUUUGUAACUACUUUCCUUCCUACUUUUCUUUCCAUGUCCAGUUUCCUGUCUGUUUGCAGAGAUUUAACUGGAUGUGCGAUUAAAAGCUUUCAGAGUUCUUAGGUUUCUAUGUGUGUCAUUCAGAAAGGACUUAGCUAUUUUACAGGGGUAAAAUCGAGCUCUCUGCAAGAUGUUGUUUAGACUAAGUGCUUUUCUAUUAGAAGAAAAGGUAGUUUGAGGGUGCUUUGACUAAAUUUCUCCAAGAAUGGUUUUAUUUUUAAAAAUUGGGAUGCCAGUUCAUCGAUCAACCAGUUUGCCAAAAAAUUGGAGGUUUAGGAAACCUCUUCUUUGUAUUACUUUGUUGCUUUAAAUACACUGAUCAGCUUUGUUUAACAGUGUAGUUUAACCUCGACACCAGUCUCUUCUGAGAAAAAUGCUAUUCAGAAAAAGCGAGACUGGGGUAGAGAAAUUGCUUAUUUUAGCAAACUAAAGGAAGUAAAAUAGCAUACAUAAUUUUGUUCUGCCACAUAUUAAACUACAAUUAAGAUUCAUAGCACUCCAAGCCUUUUGAAAUAACAGAAUCCUCUUUGCUAUAGUUUAAAUUAUCAAAGUAUUUCAAGCUGUGAUAUACGUAUUUUAUCUAAUAAUUGAGAACCAAUUUGGAUAAUAUAGCCUUAUGAGCAAUAUGUAAGCGAAUUCAACUUCAAGCAUGUUAGCACUAUUUGAAAGUAAUAUAUCCUUGGCAUUGUAAUUCAUUGUGCAGUAUAGCACUUUAAUCUUCCAAACCCUAUUAAAGUCCAAAAAUUACCUGAUUUUGCUCUACUAAGCACCUCCAGUUUUUAAAGGUUCAGAAAGUAUUAAGUAUGUAAAAAUGUUAGCAUUUAUAAGUACCCAUAAAUGAUGGAGUUAAUAGAACCAAUUUGUUAGGUAUGAAUGUAAACUGUUAACUAUGCCAUCAUUUUAUUCUAUGUAUGUUUUUCAUGAAUAUUAAAUGCUGUGAAUAUUAAGAGUUUUCAUACAAAAUUCUAUUGUUAAAUGAACACAACUUUACAUCAGUGGUAGCUUUGCAAAGGCACCAGUUUGGGUAUUUAUGCUUAAAUACUUGAUUUUGUGGCUUCACCAAUGAUUUAGUGACAAUAUCCGAUGAAAAACAUGUCUAAUGUUACGUUUCCUGGUUUGUUUUAACUGGCCUGCUGCAGGAGCAACGAGAUGAGUGGUACAAUUGAGCUUGAUAUCCUGGGGAAAAAUUAACCAGUAUUUCAAUUACUAAUUGCGAUUGACCAUGCCUCUCCUGUUAACAUGUAUAUGUAGAUGUGGAUGAAGAUGUAAUUAAACUCAUUCCUGAUUUCUCUCUCUGCCAUUUCCCAAACAUGAUUUUUAACCCCAUACUUUAUGGUCAAAUGGCCUGUUAACAUUGACUGUUUCAGCACACAAGAAAAUAUCACUACAUGGAUUUGAUUGGACCCGAAACACAUCAGCAAAAAUAUUUAACUUUCAGAAAAGGAGGGAAGAAAGUCGAUGAGUAAAGAUCUAACGCUAAGUUUUAUUAAUUAAACUCAUUCCUGAUUUCUCUCUCUGCCAUUUCCCAAACAUGAUUUUUAACCCCAUACUUUAUGGUCAAAUGGCCUGUUAACAUUGACUGUUUCAGCACACAAGAAAAUAUCACUACAUGGAUUUGAUUGGACCCGAAACACAUCAGCAAAAAUAUUUAACUUUCAGAAAAGGAGGGAAGAAAGUCGAUGAGUAAAGAUCUAACGCUAAGUUUUAUUAGUGAGAUUUUCAAGAAAAAAAAAGAAUUACCACACUUUGAGUCUUUGUACUUCACAGUAAGAUAGUUAUGUUUAAAGUGCAGUACAUUUGAUUUGGAGAAUUAAAGAUGAAGAAAGCUCAGAAAGAAAAGAUGUGCAUAAUGCACUGUAGAGCAGGCAUUUUGAAGUAUUAUAAUGCUAAUAACUAGUUAACGCUGAGCCAUUAAAAUCUCACCGCGAAUGAUUAGAAAUGUUAGUGCGGAGAAUGUUAAUUUUGCUUUCAGUGAAUGUAAAAUAGCUUUCAGGAGAUGAAGAAUAAUUUUGCCAUGUCAAUGUAUCCAUUAGGAUAUGUUAAUUCAGCACAGGACUUUAUUGUAGACUACUGUCUGCUGUUUUCUAAUAACUCUUCUUAUAAAGAAAUUAAACUUUUCAGAAAAUAUUUUCAAUCAAGCUCGAUAUUUCAUUUGCAUUGAGAAAAUAAUGGGAGAAACCGCAUUCCCUUUAGACAGGAAAUCCCAGUGAAAGUUGUUGGUCUGCUUUUCAUUGCUAAGUAGAGGUGACUGAUUAUUACGGAAUUCUGAUGAUCUGUUAUUUGUAUGUACCUGCUGUUGUGACAAUCAACUAUGCUAAUUUAUGAUCAACCAACAAAUAAGAUCUCCUACACUUCAAUAGAACUUGAUGAGAGCUUAUAUGAAGCAUAGUGAUAUUAACUGCAAUUCUAAUAGUUUGAAUAGUAUUUGAACUCUGAGUAUUUAUUUAAAACUGGGUGAUGUGGAGGAGUGAAAUGUUGGCAUACUGAUUUGCUAAUCAUUUUCAGUCACAUUGAUAAGGUUAGUUUUUAGGUUUAUAUAAUCUAAAUAAAUAUUUGCAAUUCUCAUUAACGAUUGAGAGCUAAUUUGUGUAACCUUGUGAAAUACUUUGUGAGCUUUGAUAGUGUCUGUUUUUUUUAAGAAAAACUUAGUUGUUGGGUAAUACAGAGCCUAGCUAUUGCAGGAAAGAAAAGACAGUUUUUGUAAUUGCUUUUCAUCUUGCACUCAUCAGGACAAUUUGCCAGAACACCAGUGUAAAGGGGACCAACAUUUAUGUACUUUGUGAGAAGGUGUACCAAGCUUUGUAUAAAUUUAAACUAGAAUGGACUCACUGUUCAAGACUUUGCACAGAAGAAUUAACCAAAGAAUGGUUGUCAUCCACUCUCUUUAGUUGAAGCGGGCAUAUUUUGUGUACAUGUUCUGUUUGAAAGCAAUUGAACCAUGUAUAUUAAUAUAAGUAACUUCCAGUACACAAAAGUAUACUACACUGAGUCUGACUGACCAUUUUAAAUUGUUUGUCAGUGUAAUGUUUAGCACAAUCAGGAUUAUUUAGCGAGUGUUAUUCAUUUGCAGAAUCACUUCUAAUGUUGGGCCAUAGGGUUAGAGUUUUAAAUACAUGGGCUGGUUAGGUGCAGUUGGUACUGUCAGUCAUCAUCAAACUGUGAUGUUUCUUUCAUUCAGAGUCCAUCUGCCAACCAAUCAGCACGUUCUUCUCACACAGGUUAAAAAAGAAGUUGUUCUCCUUUACAUUGAUAUUCUUGUGAAUUGGAUGAAGGAAUGCAAAAUGAAAACCUUCAAGAUAUAUUUUUUGUCAGUGGCACUUUUUAAAAAAAUAAAUAUAAAUAGCUGGUUAUUCUUUAAUGAAAGCAUUUCUCCAAUAUAGCCAAGAGCAUCUAAUAAUGAGAAUACUUGUGUUGAUAUACUUUUUGUCCAAGCCAUCAAUGGACACUUCUCAAAACAACUUAACACAUAUUGAUUGUACAUAGAAUUAAUUCUAUUCAUGGCAUACAUUUUAUCUGCAGCCUUUUGUAUCUACAUGUGACUCGUAAUUAUUUUUGAGCAGUUUUGAAAUUUUUCAUUAAUUCCUGAGCAAAUUCUUACCAGUGCCAAAUCCUACUUUUGUAGGUACCUGCAAAGCCAGAUUUCAUUCUACAUUUUUUUUCUUGACAGCAUAUGAUUCUAGCCUGUUUAUACUCACAUUAUAUAUGAAAUGAUGAAACCAUGCCUAGUAUUUAACUACCUUAGAAAACACAUCUUAAGUGCAUCUAAUUUCCUUUAGUUUCCAUGCCGAUGUAAAAUUCGUAAUUCUGAGGACAGAUUGUGUGAGGUAAGAUGAUCCUGUUCUUCAACCCAACUCUGGAACUUUGUAAUUUAGGAACUUAGUAUUUUCAACUAUAGCAAUAAUGUCUAGAAAAUGAAAGCUUAAAAUGCAGAAAUUUUUUUAUUUUCUCUGAAAUGUCUUCUGAAUUCUGAGAAAAUAAUGUUUAAGCUUACAAUAAAACAUAAGUAUUACCCUUUUUAAUGUAUUCCUGUUUUGACAGAAGGACAUUGAUUAAAUGUUACAACAUAAUGGACUUCAUCUUUUGUUGUAAGGCAUCAAAAUAUCCUGCAACAGAUUGCAACAUGGCUUAAAAGUACCUUUCAAACUGAAAAAUUAUCUACUAGUACUAGAAUACUACCAAAUGUAGUUGUUAAAGAUAAAGCAUCUAUGGUAGAAUAGUUGCUUUUUUAAAGUCUAGAUGUAGGAUGCAAUUGUAAUUUAGACUUUUUUGUAGCUUGAAUUUAUUUCUUUCUAAACAAAAUUUCCGCAAGUUCUGUUGUUUCAACCACUUGGACCAAAAAGUACAUUCAAAUGUAUUAACAUUUUUUAAUAAUGAAAGAAAAUAUUAUUUGUGUGUGUGCAUACGUGUAUGUCACACACACUCACUCACUCUCACACACACUCUCUCUCACUCUCACACACGCGCUCUCUCUCUCUCACACACACACACACACACACUCUCACUCUCACUCUCUCACACACACACACUCACACUCUCUCUCUGUCUCUCACUCUCUCUCUGAGGGAAUGCUUUAACUGAAGUAUCUUUGUUUACUUUUAUUGAAGGUUUAAUUGUCCACAAUACUGAAAAGAUGAUCUGUAUUGUAAGAAUAAAAACUUGCUCUUGCCAUUUGUCAAUGAUUUCUUACCUUGUUCCCGAUGUGAAAUCAAAUAAAAG